AUGGAGGCUAUACGUGUUAACGCUAAAUAUAUUGAACAGUUUCCUAACAGGACAGUUAAAGUGAUUGGAAAACUAGAAAACUUCGAUGCUUCUUCAAAAACAGGUGUGCUGCAAUCCAAUGGAGUUGUGAAUUUAAAGUUUCCGGCCAACUCCCCAUCAUAUACAAAGGGUAAAUGGUACGAAUUUGUAGCCACCGUUGAUGGCACCGAUUCCAGCUUGAAAGUUAUUGAAGGUGUUGAUAUGGGAGACAAAUUAAAUGAAAAGGCAGUGAAUAAGAUGGUUGAUUUGUGCCACAAGUUUCCCGAGUUGUUUUACGACAAAAGCGUCAGUGCUUAA